GAGUCAGGCAGUAUCACUAUAGUGCCAGAAAGGGAAUAAUUUAUGUAUUAUGGAAAGGUGAACAGAGUGGAUAUUGAUUCAAAACACAUAUUUCCAAGCAACUGGAUAUGUAUAUGUAUAAUAGUAUUUAGGGAAAAUUAUGGAAAUCGACCCGUUGAACCAGAGAUGAGAUAAUAGAAAUGUGGCACCAGUGAUCGAGUCUUCCACCUGGCGUGCAGCGGUGAGGACAGGAAGACUGCUCGCUCGUCACGGUGACUGACACUUCCCCGUCCCGAGGCAGUGUGUGAGCCUGACACCAUGACUGUGCUGGCCAAGAUUGCAGAUAAUGUCGUCAAGAAGGCGGAUACGAAAGCUGACGUGAAAUUGGGCAGCUUCUGGCAGGAGGGUGGCUGUGUGCUGUUCUUCAUGCGACGGUUUGGAUGAAUGUUCUGCCGGGUGGCUGCCAAGGAGCUCAGCAUCCUGGCACCCCACCUGGCCAAGGCUAAUGUCCGCCUUAUUGGCAUUGGCCUGGAGGAACUCGGCGUGGAGGAGUUCAUGGAGGGGAAGUUUUUUGAUGGGGAACUGUACAUUGAUACAAACAAGAAGAGUUUCAAAGAUUUGAAGUUUAAGAAACUUGGCUUUCUGAAUAUGGUUCCUGCCCUCAUCUCUAGAGUGGCUCGUGAAGCAGUGCGAAAGGGCAAAGCAUGGAAGGUUGGUGGAGACAUGAAGGGAGAUGCCUUCCAGAAUGGUGGUCUUCUGGUUGUAGCUCCUAAAGGAGAGAAAAUUCUUUUUGAAUUCAAGCAACAAAAUCCAGCCGACCAUGCAGAAAACUCAGAUAUUUUGAAGGCACUAGGGAUAGAAGAACCUGCCAAUCUGAAGGAUGCUAGUGCAGUUGAUGAGUCUGUAAAAGUGACUGAUCUAGAGUGCGAGGAGGCUUGUUCCAUGCCUCCCAAAAAGUAAUGAAGCAGAGGUGUGAUAUAAGGAAUGAACUGGGAGUUAUAAGUUUUCUUCUAUAACCAAAGAACUAGAGGUAAAAUAUUGUGUAUGAGAUGAGUACUGUGUUAGUGAUAUAUGUAUAAGUCACAAAUUUGUUUUUAGUCCUAUUAGAAUGGAAAAACUAUGUGAAUUGGUAUUACUCUAAAAUUUCUCCCAAGAUUGAGGUCAAAAAAUGCUAUUGCUUUUAAAUGUUUGCUAUUUCUAUAUACAAAUUUUGUCUCUGGGUUGCUCUGAAAGAGUUUAGAUAACAUGCAUAUGAAUCAUUAUGACAGUUUAAACUGAGCUAUAUUUUUAUGUCGUGUUUAUGGCAACUGUAACAAAGCUGUUUAAAAAGUUUCCAGAUACCUUAACCAUUCUUUAUAUAUUACAGAAAAUAUAUAUACAAUGUUAUAUGACAUGAUGAAGCCCAUUUAUAUUGAAUAGUAUUUUUUGGCUCCAGGGUGUCAUAUUUUGCAGUGAUAGAUCACUGUUAAUAAUUGUUUGUGCCUUACUAUAUCAUUUGUAAAAAUAUUAUAUGAUAAAUUGUUCUGGUUAUUGAUGAUGUAACCUUUUAGCAUUUCUACGUUUUUUGCUCAAAUUAGAAGCUAUAAACUCAAAAUAAAAAGACUUCUUUAUUUUUCUAAAAUAGGAAUUUUUUAUAUGACUGAAUUUUGCAGCUGGUAUGAUAUAGAAGAUCUAUAAAUACUUGAAGAACAGUAAGAGGUUGUAUAGGUUUUAAUACUUAGUGCAGCUGUAGACAUUUUGCAGUAAGAUACUUUGAACAAUAAGUGUCACGUUUUGUGAUAAAAAUGCAACUGGCAAAGUUGAUAUGUGUAAAUUUUCCCUUUGUUGUUAAUUGUACCUCUUGCUUUGAUUUCCUGUGUGAACUAGGCUAUGGUACACAAGCUACUGUUUAUGUUAUCCAGACUAAGUAGCAAGAAAAAGGGUUGACUACCAUAUUUUCAUAUGAAUUGAAAAUCGUUGCAGCAUUAGUAAUUAUUGCACAGUCAUAGAAACAUUAUUUUCCUGUAAGUGCUUAGUGUGUAUAUAUCUCUUAUUUCCUGCACAAUGUUUAUUGAUAGAAAGACUCAUUCAUGUUCGUCUUAAUGUACCUCAAUUUUCCCUUAAGUAUUUACCUUUUGUAUGCAGUGUGACAUGAUUUGCAUCUGGUGUCAACAUUCACUUGUGCUGAUUGACCUAUUGUAAUGAAGUCUUGUUUUGAAAUGCCUAGGCAGGAAACGAGGUGGAAGGUAGCUAGGGCAACCUGCACAAGUAGUGUUCACUGUGUAACGAUUGCCAUUAAAGAUGUAUACUGAAAAGUC